UUUAGACUACCUUGCUUGCUGCAGGCUGCCCAGUCGGUACUGACAGAGCUGAGACACCGGUAACAGUGAGCGGUGUGGAUUAUGACUAGAGGUAGCCUGACUUAACACGGCGCGGUACAAACUAGUUCUUCUGACUUUUACACCAGUUCAAAGCCAUACGCGCGUUUUUAUUUUUCUAACGACAACUGUACAUAACGUUAAAGAGAGCGUAGACAGUCGUAUCGCUGAAGAUGUCAGUGGUGGGAUUUGACUUGGGCUUUCAAAGCUGCUAUGUAGCUGUAGCCCGAGCCGGAGGGAUCGAGACAGUCGCAAAUGAGUACAGCGACAGAUGCACACCGUCGUUUGUAUCAUUCGGCCCACGAAAUCGAUCUAUAGGAGCAGCUGCAAAGAGCCAGGUGGUGACCAACUGUAAGAACACGGUACAGGGCUUCAAGCGAUUCCAUGGCCGGGCUUUUGCAGACCCCUACGUCCAGUCAAGCAAGUCUCACUUGGUGUAUGAUCUGGCACAGAUGCCCUCUGGAUCCACCGGUAUUAAAGUGAUGUACAUGGAGGAGGAGAAGGUGUUCAGCAUCGAGCAGGUCACUGGCAUGCUGCUGACCAAACUCAAGGAGACUGCUGAAAGUGCACUGAAGAAACCAGUCGUCGACUGCGUCAUCUCGGUCCCGAGCUAUUUCACCGACGCAGAGAGGAGAUCUGUCAUGGACGCAGCUCAAAUCGCAGGCCUCAACUGUCUACGACUAAUGAAUGAGACCACUGCAGUGACUCUGGCAUACGGCAUCUACAAGCAGGACCUGCCAGCUCCAGAGGAGAAGCCCAGGAUAGUGGUGUUUGUCGAUCUGGGGCACUCGGGUUACCAGGUGUCGGUUUGUGCCUUCAAUAAGGGAAAGCUCAAGAUCCUGGCCACGGCGUUUGACUCGGACCUCGGCGGGAAGGGCUUCGACGACAUCCUGGUCAACCACUUCUGUGAGGAGUUUGGGAAGAAGUACAAGCUGGACGUCAAAUCCAAGCCCCGGGCACUGGUGCGCCUCUACCAAGAGUGCGAGAAGCUCAAGAAGCUGAUGAGUGCCAACUCCUCCGACCUGCCACUCAACAUUGAGUGUUUCAUGAAUGACAUCGACGUGUCCAGUAAACUGAACAGAGGUCAGUUUGAGGAGAUGUGUGCGGGGCUGCUGGCCAAAGUAGAGGGUCCCCUGCGCAGCGUCAUGGAACAAGCCAAGCUGAAAAAGGAAGAUGUCUAUGCAGUGGAGAUCGUGGGCGGCGCCUCCAGAAUGCCCGCAAUCAAAGAGCGAAUCAGCAAAUUCUUCGGCAAGGAGCUGAGCACCACCCUGAACGCAGACGAGGCCGUGGCUAGAGGCUGCGCUCUGCAGUGUGCUAUCUUGUCACCAGCAUUUAAAGUCAGAGAGUUCUCCAUUACAGAUGUUGUCCCCUACUCCAUCUCCCUGAAAUGGAAUUCAGCCGCAGAGGAAGGACUGAGUGAUUGUGAGGUUUUCCCAAAGAACCAUGCAGCUCCCUUCUCCAAAGUUUUGACCUUCUUCCGGAAAGACCCCUUCACUCUUGAAGCUUACUACAACAACCCCAAGGAGCUGCCCUACCCCAACAGCUCUAUAGGCCAGUUCCUGAUCCAGAAUGUGGUCCCUCAGGCGUCUGGGGAGAGCGCAAAGGUCAAGGUGAAGGUCCGGGUCAACGUUCACGGAGUGUUCAGUGUAUCGAGCGCCUCGCUAGUAGAGGUCGUGAAAACGGCCGAGGGAGAGGAGCCAAUGGAAACAGACCAGACAGUGAAGGAGGAGGAGAACAAAAUGCAGGUAGACCAGGAGGAUCAGAAAGCCCAGGCUGGAGACAACGGAGACAAGAAAUCAGAGACAGAGGAGAUGGAGACGACGGAGGACGCCAAGCAGGAGAAGAAGAACGAUCUGCCCCCUCAGGCGAAGAAGCCCAAAGUGAAAACGAAGACAGUCGAGCUGCCCAUAGAGAACAAUUUGCACUGGCAGCUGUCCACUGACGUACUAAAUAUGUUUGUGGAGAACGAGGGUAAGAUGAUCAUGCAGGAUAAGUUAGAGAAGGAGAGGAACGACGCAAAGAACAACGUAGAAGAGUACGUGUACGACAUGAGGGAUAAACUGCACGGCGCCCUGGAGAAGUUUGUAAAUGAAGCUGACCGCGAUGCGUUCUCAAUAAAACUCGAGGACACAGAGAACUGGCUGUAUGAAGACGGAGAGGACCAACAGAAACAAGUUUACAUUGACAAACUCGCUGAACUGAAGAAACUUGGCCAGCCAAUUCAUGAGAGAUACAUAGAAGCUGAGGAGAGACCAAAAGCGUUUGAGGAGCUUGGCAGACAGAUCCAGCUAUUCAUGAAGAUCAUCGAAGCUUACAAGGCGAAGGAUGAGCAGUACAUUCACCUGGAUGAGUUGGAGGUGACUCGGGUGGGCAAGCAGCUGAACGACGCCAUGGUGUGGAUGAACAGCAAGAUGAACCAGCAGAAUAGCCAGGACCUCACUCUGGAUCCAGUGGUCAAAGUUGCAGAGAUUCAGGCCAAGACUAAGGAGCUUUAUUCAGCCUGCAACCCAGUGGUGUCCAAACCCAAACCCAAGGUGGAGCCUCCUAAGGAGGAGAAGACCGAGAACGGGCCAGUCAACGGGCAGGAGGGAACAGAGAGCCAGCCAUGCAACCCAGACAAAACUACAUCCGCAGGCACGGAACAGGGGACAGCAGAGAACAAGCUCCCUGAAAUGGACAUUGACUAACUGUUGCAGCUGCCAGCCCUGAGUUUCACCUCUGUUUGUCCCGCUUCUCGCCCCUCCCCAGUUCUGUCAUUCUUCUGAGAUUGUUAUUGAUGGCACAGUAGCCGCUCUUAAAGACACAGACAGCAGCACCACUAGUCAAUACAAUUCUUCAGUCAUCCCUCCACGGCAUGUCAUUUCUCAUUUUCUCUGAAUACAAAAAUAUUGCGUAAUGUUAAUAUUGAAUGGACCACAUUAUUACGUAAGAGUUGUGAGCGUGGGGAUGGAAACUGCUUUCUCUGUGUUGCUUUGACGGCCAAUGUGUUGAAGAUUGUUUUUGUUCAGAAUCUCCUGAGCACAUUUAAGCAAAGAAUGUCACAUUUGAAAAAUCGUAAGCUCUGCAGAAGAAAACUAGUUCUACACCCAAGAUUUAUGAAAAUGUAAAAUAUUGCAGUCUAAAUAAGGUAUAGAUGAUGUGGUAAAUGAACAUGGAUUGUUCCACAUUGUACGUGACAAACGGGGCAUUUCUCCCACUACAAAUGUAACUGAUGGAUUAUAAAUUUAAAAGGACAGAAGGAGAUUGUGUUGAGUUUACUUGUACUGUUUGUUGAUGAAACUAGAUACUGCUAGUUAACUGUCAUGCAGGAUUUCAUUGUUUGGCUUUUCUCAUUCAAAAGCAAUGGUCCGUCGGUUGUUCUCUGGUAGCCUUGUAUUGUUUUUUUGUUUUGUUUUUCUACUUAACAGCGUGAAUGCUGGUCCAACAAACACACUCCUGGGUGCUGCUGCUGUUGCCACAUCACCAAAAAAGCAAAAAAUAAAUCUUGACAAAAAAAAAACA